CGUCAAGGGAAAGGAGAACACUCGGGUGUUUCCACCAUCCCCUUCUGGGGCUGCUAGCGCGGGAAGUGCUCUUCUGCCUCAGCCCUGCUGUGGUCCCUGUGCCCCAGACCUGACACCGCCUCCCCCGACUGUCGGCUCUGUCUCGGUCGCCAGUGCUUGUGGAAGCAGAACCGUGGGGUAGGGGCAGCCUCCGACUGUCCGCGGCUGGCCUCGGCGUGACAAGACGCCCGUGCGCUUCCCCCCUACGGCGCUGGCGGGGCUGGGCCGGGGGCGGCGGAGCACGGAGCGCGCACCGGCGGCCCCGCGCGGCGGGUGGAUCCCGCCGCACCCUCAGAACAGGCGCUGCCGGUCCCCGCCGCUUCCGAGAGGCGGAGAGGAGCGAGGGGGCUCUGAGCCUGCCCUCCCGGGCAACUGCUGCAGCGGGGCUGGAAUUACCCUCUAACAGGCAAAAAAAGGGGGGAGGAAAAAACAUCAAACGAUGAAGACGCUGCAGUGCCUACUGCCAAAAGUAAUGAGCGAAUCCCAGUUCUAAUGGCUCUGCUAAAACUUGAUGAUGCGGGUUUCCAAGCGGUAAAGACCUGCCGGGCUUCUGUUUACUGCGGUGGGAACAAGUUACAGAAUGAAAUCCCGGCGUUAAGGCAUCUAUUUCCCACUUCGUUGUUGGCAAAGGAAUCUACUGAAAUGACUUUGAGGAUCUUUAAACUGGAACUAUGUGGAGGGAGACUGCACCCCCUUUUGCCUGUCUCCCUCUCCUAGCUGCCCUCCCGGGAUGCGAUGUCGCUCGCAGGCUGCGGCGGGGAUCACGCGUGCGGCCAGCGUCGCGGAGGCCGCCCCUGAGCCCGGGAACCGAGGGGCACGACAUGCCCGCGGCCGCGGCAUGCCCUGCACCAGCAACGGCACCACCGGCACCCGCCGCACCGGCAUCCGUCGCCGCUCCGUCUCCUGAGGCUUUGGGGGAUAAAGCUGGCAAAGAUGAAGAAAAUUGGCUGUGCUCUCCUAGUACUCCAAGCUCUUCUGGCACCUUUGGAUCUUGUUUGUGGAGCAGAGAGAAGUUACCCCAUUCUAAACAUUGCAGUGAUUCUGGGAAGGACCAAGUAUAUCACCGAGAGAGAUAUCAGAGCUCUCUGGACCAGGGAAAUGUCAGCAGAUCUGACUGUUGAUGUCAAUGUAGUGACCCUUCUGGUGAACCAGACUGACCCUAAAAGCAUCAUAACACAUGUUUGUGACUUGAUGUCAGGCACCAAGAUCCAUGGAGUGGUUUUUGGAGAUGAUACUGAUCAGGAAGCUGUAGCUCAGAUUUUGGAUUUUAUUUCAUCUCAGACUUCUAUUCCAAUUCUUGGAAUUCAUGGCGGGGCCUCCAUGAUAAUGGCAGAUAAGGAUGUGAUGUCCACAUUCUUCCAGUUUGGGGCUUCCAUCCAACAAGAAGCCAUCAUUAUGCUGAAGAUCAUGCAAGAUUAUGACUGGCAUGUGUUCUCUCUGGUGACCACCACCUUCCCUGGAUAUCGAGACUUCAUCAAUGUCAUUAAGACCACAGUGGAAAAUAGUUUUGUGGGCUGGGACAUGCAGAAUGUCAUCAUACUUGAUACCGCUUUUGGAGAUGCUAAGACCCAAAUUCAGCUGAAGAAAAUUCAUUCAUCUGUCAUCCUACUCUACUGUUCCAAGGAUGAAGCUGUCUACAUACUAGAUGAGGCUCGUUCCUUGGGCCUUACUGGCUAUGAUUUCUUUUGGAUAGUUCCCAGCCUGGUUAGUGGUAACACAGAAAUCACUCCCAAGGAGUUUCCUUCAGGACUCAUUUCAGCAUCUUAUGAUGAAUGGGACUACAGUUUAGAAGCUCGGGUACGAGAUGGCCUUGGAAUUAUUGCCACUGCUGCAUCAGCCAUGCUGGAAAAAUACUCCUUCAUUCCUGAAGCAAAAACUAGCUGUUAUGGACAACUGGAGAAAAAUGACCGGCCAACUCACACCUUGCACAAGUUUAUGAUGAAUGUGACUUGGGAAGGUAAAGAUUUGUCCUUCACAGCAGAUGGUUAUCAAGCACACCCCAGGCUGGUCGUGAUAGUACUGAACAAUGAGCGCGAGUGGGAAAAGGUGGGGAAAUGGGAGAAUAACUCCCUGAGCCUGAAGUACUCUGUCUGGCCAAGGUACAGCUCUUUUGCAGACAGCGACCCGGAUGAUAACCAUUUGAGUAUUGUCACCCUGGAGGAAGCUCCCUUUGUCAUUGUUGAGGACGUGGAUCCUUUGAUGGAAAGUUGCCAAAAAAACACUGUGCCAUGUCGUAAAUUUGUCAAAAUUAACAACUCAACUAACGAGGGAAUAAAUGUAAAGAAGUGCUGCAAAGGAUUCUGCAUCGAUAUCUUGAAGAAGUUGUCUAAAACAGUCAAGUUCACAUAUGACCUGUAUUUGGUGACUAAUGGGAAACAUGGCAAAAAAGUCAAUAAUGUGUGGAAUGGAAUGAUUGGUGAAGUGGUGUAUCAUCGUGCAGUUAUGGCUGUGGGAUCCCUCACUAUUAAUGAAGAGCGCUCGGAAGUGGUUGACUUUUCAGUGCCAUUUGUGGAAACUGGCAUUAGUGUCAUGGUGUCACGGAGCAAUGGCACAGUUUCACCAUCUGCUUUUCUAGAACCUUUUAGUGCUUCUGUCUGGGUGAUGAUGUUUGUGAUGCUUCUCAUUGUGUCGGCCAUGGCUGUCUUUAUAUUCGAGUACUUUAGUCCUGUAGGAUACAACAGGAACUUAGCCCAAGGGAGAGAUCCCCAUGGACCAUCAUUUACCAUUGGAAAGGCAGUGUGGUUACUCUGGGGCUUGGUAUUCAACAACUCUGUGCCUGUGCAAAACCCUAAAGGGACAACAAGUAAAAUCAUGGUGUCAGUUUGGGCUUUCUUUGCUGUCAUUUUCCUGGCUAGUUAUACUGCCAACUUAGCUGCAUUUAUGAUUCAAGAGGAAUUUGUUGACCAAGUGACUGGACUGAGUGAUAAAAAGUUUCAAAGGCCAUAUGAUUAUUCACCUCCUUUUCGAUUUGGAACGGUCCCAAAUGGGAGCACAGAGAGGAAUAUCAGAAACAACUACCCAGAUAUGCACCUUUACAUGACAAAGUACAAUCAGAAAGGAGUUGAAGAUGCCUUGGUCAGCUUGAAAACUGGGAAGCUGGAUGCUUUCAUCUACGAUGCAGCAGUGCUCAAUUACAAGGCUGGAAGAGAUGAAGGCUGCAAACUUGUCACAAUAGGGAGUGGAUACAUCUUUGCCACUACGGGAUAUGGAAUAGCACUUCAGAAAGGAUCACCUUGGAAGAGACAAAUUGAUCUAGCCCUUCUUCAGUUUGUUGGAGAUGGGGAAAUGGAAGAGUUAGAAACCCUGUGGCUGACUGGUAUUUGCCACAGUGAGAAGAAUGAAGUCAUGAGCAGCCAGCUGGACAUCGACAACAUGGCAGGAGUGUUUUACAUGCUUGCAGCAGCCAUGGCACUCAGUUUAAUAACCUUUGUCUGGGAACACUUAUUUUACUGGAAACUUAGAUUCUGCUUCACUGGAGUCUGCUCCGAUAGGCCAGGACUGUUGUUCUCCAUCAGCAGGGGUAUUUACAGCUGCAUUCAUGGCGUACACAUUGAAGAGAAAAAGAAGUCUCCUGACUUCAGUCUGACUAAUUCUCAAACCAACAUGUUAAAACUACUGCGAACAGCAAAAAAUAUGACCAAUAUCAAUCCUGCAAGAAUUAAUUCCCCCAAAAGAACAGCUGAUUUUAUUCAGAGAGGUUCCUUAAUUAUGGACAUGGUCAUGGAUAAGGGAAACUUGAUCUUUUCUGAUAACAGAUCCUUUCAGACAAAGGACAGCUUUUUUGGUGACAGUGUGAGUGAAGUGCAGACACUUCCUAGCAACCGACACAAGGACAAUCUUAACAACUACGUUUUCCAGGGUCAGCAUCCUCUCACACUGAAUGAGUCCAAUCCAAAUACAGUAGAGGUUGCAGUGACAGCAGAAGCAAAAGCGAACUCCAGGCCUAGGCAGCUUUGGAGGAAAUCUGUUGAAUCUAUACGUCAGGAUUCUGUACGUCAAGAUUCUGUACGUCAGGGCCAAGGUUCCCAGAGGGAAAAUGGGCCAGAUGAAAACAGGCAGCUUUCACUGAAAAGCCAAAGAUACCUUCCCGAAGAGAUUGUCCAUUCAGAUGUAUCGGAGACAUCAAGCCGAGCUACUUGCCAUAUGGAACCUGAAAACAACAACAAGCACCACAAAACCAAGGACAAUUUCAAAAAAAGAACAGUAGCAUCAAAGCACCCAAAAGACUGUAGUGAAGUGGAACUGACAUAUCUGAAAACCAAACAGAGCUCUCCACGGGAUAAAAUCUACACAAUUGAUGCUGACAAGGAGCCAGGAUUCCGCUUGGACACACCUCAGUACAUCGAAAACAUUGUCCUUCCAGAAACGGUCGAGUUUCCUGACGCUUAUCAAGAUCACAAUGACAACUACAGGAAAGCAGAACAUGCUAACAGGACUCCCUUGCAUAAUGAAGACAGUCUUCCAAAUAAUGACCAGUAUAAACUUUAUGCAAAGCACUAUACUUUAAAAGAUAAAAACACUUCCCUAGUUGACAUGAAUGAUAGAUACAGACAGAAUUCCACCCACUGCAGGAGCUGUCUUUCCAAUUUGCCCACUUAUGCGGGACAUUAUUCAAGCAGAUCUCCCUAUAAAUGUGAUGCGUGCUUGCGGACGGGGAACCUCUAUGAUAUUGAAGAAGAUCAGAUGCUGCAGGAUACAACGAACUUAUCGCUUCCUGAAGAAAUAUAUGAGCACACCUGGUCACAAAAUAAUGCUUUGCAUAAAAAAAAUAAGUUGAGGAUUAGCAGGCAACAUUCUUUUGAUAAUAUUGCUGACAAGUCCAGGGAAAUUGAUAUUGGAAGACCUUCUCGUAGUAUAAGCUUGAAAGAAAGAGAGAAAUUUCUACAAAGUAGUCCAUAUGCAAGCAUGUUUAGUGUUCCCUCAAGCAAACUGUUGAGCAACAAGCCCUCACUUUUAACUCAUUCUCUAGAGGACAGUAAGCGGAGCAAGUCCCUGUAUCCUGUUCACUCAGAUGAUAAUCCCUUCCUGCACUCGUAUCGUGAUGACCAGCACUUAUCUCUUAGGCGAAGCCCGGCUGACCUUUAUAAACAUUCAUUACCAACAAGAGGAAGACAUGAUAAUUAUUUAAGGUCAUCCAUAAAGUCUCCAGCAUCAUACUGUUCCAGGGAUGGUCGGAUCCAUAAUGACAUGUACAUUUCAGAGCAUGUUUUGCCUUACGUUGCGAAUAGGAAUAGCUUGUACUCCACUCCAAGGGUUCUAAAUUCCUGUAGCAAUAGACGUGUGUACAAGAAAAUGCCUAGCAUUGAAUCAGAUGUUUAAAUUUUCCAUGAACACUUUAUCUAUAGGGAACAAAAUAGUUGCCACCAUCUUAGAGGGAGAACUUAUCCCUUAACAGUAUCCUGCUAUGGUAAAUGAUACGUAAACCUCUCCCUUUCCCAAUGUACUUUUGUACAUGAAUAGGUAAACUAGUAUGCUCUUAACUAUCCUUUAAAAAUAUGUCUUGUUGAAAAGGAUAAAAAAACAAGCCAUUUAUGUAUGCUUUCUAUAUAAAUGGCAAGCUGUACUGAAAUAGCCCCAAUAUAUGUUGGCAACUAUGCUGUUUUGUAUCUGAUUAUUUUACUAUUUUGGUUAUCCUACUUUCUGUUGCUAAGUAUCAUUCAAUGUACUUUUGUCCUUAGAAAUGUUUAAUGAUUUUUCUAGUACUGGAUAAGCAAUAUGGUAUGCAUGUAGUAUGACACAGACAAAAAGAAUUAGGAAUGCAUUUGCACAGAUUCAAAAGUAAGACUCUAAAUGAGAAAAGAAAGCUAGACUUUCAAAAAUAUGUUUUAGCAUCAUAAUCAUUUUCAGAGCCAAAUACUAAUUAAAAAAAACCCAACCAAAACAAACAACCCCAAACCCUAGGACCUUAAUAUAUAAAAGACAGUGCUUUAGCACAAAAUGAGUAUGUUCAUUCUAGACUGACAGAAAAUGAAUGGGAAGGCUGCAGGCCCAAACAUGUGAACUGCUGUGUACCAAAAGGAAGCCCCCUGGAUACUGGUUAAUGUACAAAUGCUUUUCUUAUAUUUCACAUGCACUUAUCGUUAUAAACUAAGUUCAGUAAAAAGUCUGCAGUCAUCUUACCAGAGAUUUCACAGCUGCCUACUCCAGAGAAUAUAUUUUUAGAUAUCACUAUAUGGCACUUACAUGAAGCUGUGGACUUUAUUAGUACCCUUGAGGCCUAAUGUGUACCUAAGUUUGCAUUUGCCCCUUACUGGUGAUUACUCAGGGCUGUAUAGUAUUUCUUUUAUUCCUUCACAUCCCAAACCAAAUCCUAACCCACUGCAGUUCUUUGUUCAUAGUGUAUUAAUGACGUCUAAUUAGCUGUACGUUGUUAGUCUUGGAGCUGUUAAUGCAGGACCAAACACCGACAGCCAUAGGUUCAGUGUGAGUGUGACCCAUGAGGAGUGCAGCACAUUUAUCUGCAUACACAGCAAGGGAUUAACACCUUCUGAGGGACUUCUUCCUUCCAGAACAUUGUGCAGAUUUGUUGAACAUCAACUUUUCUGGGUUUUUUUUAAUCCCUGCUAUCAAGUCUGUUAUGUGAAAUGAGUAUAUGCACACAUAACUAGCAAACAGUAUCUUUAUUAUCACUUACUGCCAUAAAAGAUAUUCACCUAUCAGGGAUCUCUAGUUAUAUGACUUUUACUUCUAGUAGAGAUCAGAUUAUUUCACAAAUGAAAUAUCUGCUACACACCCCUCCUCACCCCCACUGGAUAAAAACAAACCAAAACACAUUAGAUUUCAAGCAUGAGGGAGUGUGGAAGGGAAGAGGGGAAGCCUUUCAUGAAUAGAGUGUACAGCUGUAAAUUUAAUUUCAACUCAAGAUGGAAAUACAAUUCUUAAUACAUUUAAAUACUGAAAGCAUUCAACAGAUGGUGCUCGCCUGUUCUCCUGCUACUCUGAGACCUUCCUGAGGUGUUUUUUUUUUUGUGUGGAGGAAGUUUAUUCAAGUGUUAUUCCCUACUCUUCACUGAAGAACAAUGAGCAAGAAAAUGACUACCAGUGUGAACUGGACAAUGUAGAUAUGACCCAAACUUCUCUAAGCUGAAACUUUUUCUAUGGAAUCAUGUCUGCCAACUGUAAUUGUAGUGUCUGCACGCAGAGCUACAUUAUGCAGGUUAUUUAAAGUGGGAUAGCAUACUGCAGAGCAGAGUUGCAAAUGGAAGAAAAUCAAAUGAUAGAUAAAAUAUAGCUUCUUGAAUUUUCUUUACAAUUAUUUGGGUUUUUUUGACCAGAUUUAAGCUGACUUUAAACAGCAAACGGACCAGAAUGAGUUCUUGGUAAUUACAAAUGUAUUUAUAUGUUCACCAUGAUGGUGAAAGAUGAUGUUGUUGAAGGAAUGGGCUUCUGAAUGCCUUUCCAGCUUCCAAAAAUCUCAAUAUACUUUGUAAUAAGUACAUUCAGAAAGCAUAUCUAUGGGUAUCUGUACACUGUCCAGAGGAAAUAUGCUUUGAGCAUUCUUUAGUUGACAUUUGGUUGCAGUUACUGGCCGUGAUUCACCUGGUAUGCCUUCUGAUUGCUCACUGCAUCUAGUUUUUACAAACAUUAGAUCCUGCCUGCAAUUAGAGAGAUUCACAUUUCUUAGGAACACUUGUAUGAGCAGAACAAGGCCAGGGUGUCUAGGGGAUGAACACAACUCUCUAUGAACCUCAACCUUUUCCCACAGACAUAGGUGUACUGCUUGUAUUAGGCCUACAGGAAGAUGAAUGCACUAAAACUAUAUAUAUUGUUGCAAUGAGUUUAGUGAAAGUAUUUCAGGCAAGUUUUGAUUUCCAAGCCAAAGCAUAGCACAUUAAAAUCUCAAGUAAUUUGAUCUCCCUGAUGUGUUUCAGCAGAUAUGGUAUUGUUUGAUACCACACUAAAACCUGCCAUGCAAGUCACUGAGAAUUUUACCAAGGGAAUCAAAAGAGCCAAUGCUAGCUCUUGUCUUUCACAUCAUCUUACGGCCCUCAAAGUGUUUGUUGAUCACUCCAAGUCCUUUGUAUCAUCAUCUCUAUCUCACUAGACACGCAUAAUUCAAUAUCUUGACAAGUACUAUAUGUGAAAUUGUGGGAAAGAAACAAAAAUCCCAUUUACAGUAUUUUCUAAGCAUUGAGAACCAAAUGUAAACAUCCUAAGCCCAGGUGGAUUUAUCCUUCUGUGAAAUGUACAAGCAAAUUAGCUAGGAAGAAAUAUGUUUCAGUGUUUGCUUUUUCUGAUUUGAGCAGAUUUCUGGUGUCUGUAGAGAUUUAUUACUGCUAGUUGCAAAUAAGCAAUACAACCACCUCCCCUAAACCAAAACAAAUUAAAGAGGCAGAGGGAAGACUUGAUAAUGUUGCACAGCAGUUGUUCACAUGGAAAUAAAAGAUGCUGCCUUAAAGGAGAAAAUAAACCCCACCAUACUGAAAGCAGAGGGAAUCAAAGUCUGCAUGCGUUGGAUGUUUUGAUCUUGGCAUUUAAUAUCAGUGAAUCAAGGGGGAAGAGAAGGAUGAAGUGUAGGGCUGUAGGCGAGUGUGCUUGCAGCUGUAUAUGUAUAGAGAAGCAGCUGAGAAGUUGAAGAAAAAAUCUUCAACAGUAGAGCCACAAGCCUCAGCUUGUGAGGCUCAGCUGUAGAGCACGUGGAAUUCUGAAUAUUGCCUGAGCUUUGUUGAUAUAUUUGCACUGACUUUCAAUUACACUGAGAUCAAGACUUUCUGUAUUUCCCUCUCUCUCACUCUAGCUGCUGCUAUUCUUGAAGAGGAGAAAAGAAUCUUCCUGCAUAAGUGGCCAUCCUUUCUGUACCUUUCUGGAUGGUGCUGGUGACUUGUUACAUUUUCCUGAUUACAGCUCUAGCAGUUUGUUGGUCAUUCCUAUCACCAAGAUUUCCUGUGACUCCAGCUGGAACUGAAUCAGGCUGUAAAUGAUAUGGGCCAUUCUUGGUAGCAUGUCCUGUAGUGUUGCACUGCUCCUGGACGACACCUUUUGUGGAGGCAGGAUAUUGAAUUGCUGAGGAAUGGAGUAGGUACAUGGAGGUAAAAACAGCUACAUAGAUGUAUCUGCCUCUUGCUUUUUCCCUCAUUUAAAGGCAUUGUAGAAUUUCUUCAUGGUUUUGUCUUUCUCUUUUCACCACAGGUUUUCCUUUUUCCUUUCAAAUGGAUUUUGUGUUCUGCAUGUGUUUGGUAGACCAGUGUAGCCACCCACUAACUUAAACACAAGGAAAUAAGAUAAUAGAUAAGGUAAAAUUAAGGCAAAUCAAGAGGGUUUGUAUUUCUGGGAAAUUUAAUGUUUUUGCAGCUUUUGCUUGGAAUUCAUUAUUCUGCUAUCUAUGAAGCUUGGUUAGGAGAAAGAGUGCUGUGGACAAACAGAUACCAAAUCACUGUCAGCUCAUUGUGUUUUGGCAGCAUCUCAUAAAUACAUGUCUCUUUCUCUAUGACCUUUCAGGAACACUUAAGAGGUGAAAUAAGGCUCAAGAGGGAAAUUGUUGUUUGUUUGGUUUUGUCUUUUUUUUUUUUUUUUUUUUCCUGGCAAAAUUAAACACUUUUCCAUAGUUUUGAAGGAAGAAAAAGCUAGAGCUGUAUGUAAAGAUUUGGGUUCCUAUACUGGAAGCCUAAAGCUCUUUCUGUAAUCACUGGAGAAAGAGAGAAAGCUCAAUAUGAAUGGCAGUUCAGAACACUGAAGGCUUAGAAGCAGUUAUGUGUGUGAUGUGCUCUGGAAGAUUUUACCUCUCUAUUCACUUUUUGGAAAGUAUAUGAUCCUCACUUAGACAUCUCAGUUAGGUGAGCUUAGAAAAGUAAUGAUCUGUUGAUCCCUAGUCUCAAAAACCUGCUUGUUAAGUCUGCAAGUGAGUACUAAGUUAAACCUUGGAGGUGCAUACAGGUUUCUGUACAUGUGCAAGUAGUUCCUAAGGCAGCAUCCAUCAUUUGUGGUGUUUGCAGUCCUCCCAGCCUAGUUUGGUCUCAUUUUCUUUAUACCAUUUGACUAUCCAGUGUGAAAUAGAAGUGUCAGAGUCUCUUCCUUGCAGAAUAACUUGCUGUUUUCAUGUUUCUGCAGUGUAGUGUACGCAUCUUAGUGACAGGGAAGGUUUUGAUCCUCUUUCUUCCCUUACAGAGUUCAUCAGUAUAGAACAGGAAUUGUUCUUUGAAUCUAAGGGUCUAAGAGUUGGCUUGGAUUUAGGGAGAACUCAAAAGGUGAAUAUUUUUGUUGUUUCACACUGCAUUUAAGAUGUUUGGUAUAUAAAACUUAGUGAAAACAAAUCUAUAGCAAAGUCCUCUCUUAGUUAAUAUAAAACAGUAACUAUCCUGUAGCUCGCCUAGAUUGUAUUAUGUGGUGAUCAGCACAUCUUGUGCUUAUUUCAAGAUGGAAUGUCAUCAAUUCCCUUGCUAAACUUUCCCUUUCCUAUUUCUAGCCUUCCCUUAGUUCAAAAUUCAUUUUGAAGUAGAUAAUCUUACCUGUACAGGGCAAUCUGGUUAGCAACCUAAAAGCCAGUUUUCCAGUGAUACACUGAAAUGGUUUGUUUCACCAGUGAGUUUUUUUUUAAUUUAAACUUCCUUCCUUUUUAAAGCUGAGCCUUCAAAGUAUAACAGUGAACUUCUGAAAGAGCAUAAAGGCCUUUUAAACUGUAACUCAUGAUAUGAGCCAUUUCCCUGCUCAAACUCACCUGUACUGUCUUAUUUACAUGCAUUUGCAACGUGUUAGUAUUUAGUAAGGCUAGAAGGGAGUGCAGUUCAGUCGCAGCUCUAUAUUUGUUUAUGGAUGUAAAUGCAAGUACAGACAGGUAUAAGCUAUGACAGAGGAAAGGCUCUGCCUGCUCUGGCUGGAGUCACCUGUGAAGCUGUGGUUAAGCGGCAGUAGCCUCAAACCCGUCGUGUCUCUCCCAUUGCUCUGAUCACGCAGACUGUUCUGUCCGGCGUGCACGUAUUGUACAUAGUGUAACGUUCUUGGUGGUGCUCAGUUUUCAUCCUGGAAUUAAUCCCUUGUUCUUCACCUCCAUUCCAGUGUUGCAGCAGUGUCUGUGAGAUGGAGAGCUGAUUGUUCGUGCUUUCUGGUGUUUGUUGCCCUGUCAAAUGGGAGCAGAAGUCCUGCCUUGCUUAUCUCUGCUCUCCUGGGGAGGGUCACUGUGCUCUUUGUAAAUAAGCUCCUCAUUUAUUUCACCUCAGUCAAGCUUUUUGGUUUUUUAAAUACUUUAUUUUUUAAUUUCCCCCCUGCAUCUCUUGACCUGUGUACAGCAUAUUGCUCUCUAAAAAGAUACGUGCUCUUCCAAUGUCCUGAAGCUUUGGAAGUCAGGAUUACAAGUGUGUAUCACCCUGCAAUGCAGUGAAAAUGCACUUGGUUCUUCCUGUGGGUUCAUGAGCCUUUAUUUUUUCUGUUGUUGCAUUCUGCAGAAUCUAUCUGCUGUAGUUGAAACUGUUGGGUUUUUUUUUCAGAUGAAUGCCAAUCUGACAGUUGUAAGAAUCCACUUCUGAUUUUGUGAUGGUUUUGUCAUAUCUAUAAUUUAAGAACCAGAAAUAAUAUAAGUAAAAAUAAGUUACCUCACUAUUGACCAGGUUUUUGUUGUUUUGCACUUAAAUGAGACUCUUUACUCCUUUUGUGUACUUCUUGACCUACCUGUAUUGAAAACAAUGCUAAAUUAGUAGAGAAUAUAACCAUGCUAUAACAUUGUCAUGCGAUACCUUUAUUAGUAGAUAAUCACACUAAAUAUACUAUAACAUAUUUAAAACAGAGAUGGGUUUGACUCUCCAGCUCUUAAGAAGUAGUGAUGAUAUGCAGAUAUACUCCUAGGUGUUCUGUCCUCUCCCUUUUGUAUUAGUAUUUGUUUUCACUAAUAUAUUUCAACAAUUCUAUUUCUAUGUGCACGUUAGAAAACUGUGACAAUAAAUACCAAUAAAUAUUGUGAUACUUCUUCAGUGCACUGUAAAGUUCCAGGUGAGAUGACACUUUGCUUGGGAAGUGCUGAAGGUUUCCCUCGCUUCUCAUAAAUGGUACUAAGCUUUAAUGUGGGAAAAUGGUAAUAUUUACAGUCACAUGAAGUUUUAAUGGUGAAUGUCUUCUUUUGCACUUCUAGGACUAAGAGAAGCAAUGGUUUGUUUUGCUCAGCAAAUGCAUAAUGAGAAUACUUUGAAAAAAAAAUAUUAUUUUCUUUUUUUUUCCCCCUCUCUUUUAAUGUUUUGUCCAUUGCAGUACCUAAGAAUAGCUGUUUUGGAGAGAAUUAUGCUUCAUUACUACUACAGGAUUCUUUAGUCUGAUAGAUCCUUAUUGAGCCUGCUUCAUCAUGGUAUUUAAUGACAAGACCUUUUUGGCUUCUGUUUCACAUUGCAAACCCUGUCUUUGGACUCAGUGAUACAGUCCAAGGCCCUCACAGGGGAUUGCUGUGGCUUCCUGUGCCAUUGGGCGAGGAGGCCUUUUUGCCUGAGACAAGGUUAGAGGUGUCAAGAAAAAAAAUGGAAGAUGUGUUGUGCAAUGUUUGAAGUGUAAAUGAUGAUAAAAAGUUGAAAAGAAAAAGAAUUAAAUUGGAAGUUCACAGUUAUCUACAGGAGUGGGUGGUCUCUGACAGGCUGCAGGGUGUGUGGUUUCUGGAGGAAAUGAUAAUUUUUGACUAAAGUGAUUUGAAUUCUAUUUACGAUUCUGAAAGUCACUGGGGAAAAAAAGGGAGUUUUCUUUUCUCUUUUUUUUCCUUUCUCUUUUUUUAAGCCAAAGUCUUUUUGUUGUCAUACAAGGUUUCACAGGAAAAUGGGCCAAAGAAUACAGCAAAAUAUGCAAAAGGUUAAUCCUAUGGAAAAGAGUAUCCUGUCAUCUUGAUAUGCACAAGCAUAUUGAUGGUAAUAGGAACAAUGUCUCUAAUAUUCCUGUAUAUUGCUCCGUAGGUUGCACUAUUUUGAAUGAUACAAGCCUGAUAUUUUAAUUACCAAAUACCAUAAGGAGCUGUUUAUUAAUAGUUUAAACUUGUUAACCUAAAUAUAUAUACAGUAUACCCAGGCGUGCAUGCAUACUUUCCAACCUAGUCAUGUGUGAGCAACCUCCCAGAGCCGUGGGACUCGACUCAGCAGGGCUUUAUUUCAAGUGAUUCUCUCCUGUCUUUUACAAACCUCUGAGAUCCACAAAGCCUCUAGCAGCUUUCAUUGUAGUGUGUGAUGCCUGUUACAGAAGAGGCUGAGGACAUGCUGGAAUCAGGGUUGCGUUGUGCUAGGACACAUUAAAACAUGUGAGAGAGUUCCUUUCAGAAGGAACUGGAAAUAACACCCAGUAUAAACGAAGCCAUAAGAAAAGGAUGGCUUCUCUAUUGUUCUGAACAGUUGUGCCCAGAGAGGGUCUGUUGGAGUAGUGACUGACUAUACAUUUCUGGGUUGGCUUAUGUGAUCUACAUCUGGUCAUUGGAUGUGUAAUUUAAGGUAGCUGAUGGAGGAGAGUUAAAGAACAAGAGAUCAGCUGGUGCAUGUGCCCAGGGCUGCCCACGUCUUCUCCCAUAUGGACUGGGCAGCUUUCAAAGUGAGAUUUGCACACAGGCAGUGUUUAGCAGUGGUAUUUAAGUCAGAAUCACUUCCCAAAGCACAGGCUUUUGAGCUUGCUGUUAUUGAUGGUAUUUGACUUUUAAAUUUUUUCCCCCUAAAUUUACAGGACUCUAAUCAAAACUCAGAACAAAAAAACACCAUAGAAUGAUUUGCCUGAACUAAUUACUGAGCUGCCUCUCCCCCCAUCCCACCUAAGGAAUAGGUAGAUAGUUAUUAAUUUUUUCACCUUAAACCAGAAACAAAGUUCUUUAGGGUCUACACUUCAUUGCAAGUGUGUCUUGGAGAAUUUUGUUCCAAGUGCUUCACCUACAAGAAGAAAAUCAUCGGUUAGUGGAGUUUUACCUGGCCUGAGUCUGGAUUCCAACCUUAGGCAAAGCACCUUUUGACUUAGGGAUGUAUGAGUGAGUGAGUCAUGGGGGAUCAGAUGCUUAGCGCAGUUCACACUCAAAACUAAAACCCAACCAAAUGAAACAAACCCAAACCUCACGUCACAAAGGUAUAGAAGUUGCGUUGUGUAAAAUGGUGCACAGCUAGGAAGGGAAGUAAUGCAACGUUUAGUAAGAAGUGUUUACAGCUUAUACUUGAUAUCAGCUAUAAUAGUUUGAACUAGUCUCAUUGAUGUCAUGACGUCCGUUUUGCACUGAUGAAGAACAGUCUGAUCUCUCUGUCUUCACAGCUCACACCCACGUGCACAUGCACAGUAUAUCUUGUGUCUUCCCUCUUGAAACCAGAAGGUACAAACAGAAUUCAUUAAUGUGUUAGGCAAACUCCUACCUGGUUCUUAACUAAGUAUCUGCUAUUUUUAUGCAAAAUUAGCAUCCCUACAUUUCAGGUUCUCUCAGAAGCACCUCACCUGUGAGUUAAUAAUGUUAAUUUUAAUUCAUCAGAUUCAAAUUUACACUAAACCUGAAGGGCAUUCUGUGCUUCCUUUCAUCCUGUUUAACAGUUUUUGCUGUUUUAGGUGAAACACUAAUAUUCUUGUGCUGCUAAACAAAAAACUACCACAAGUAUUUAAGAAGCUCAAAUUAGACUUUUAGAAACAUUUUACCUGUUUACUUGAAUAAUGUAAAUGUAAUAAUGUGUCAUCCUGAUUUGUCUUUGUAUACAUACAUGUAUAUAUAUAAGCGAUGGGUAAGCUUUAUAUAUAUGUAUAUGUAUAAAGAUUUUGGGGGAGAAUAAGGGGCAAGACAAAACUUCAACAUUGUGACAAAGAUUCUAAAACCAUUUAUUAACAGUUUCAAGCAUUGUGUUGUUAUCUUGAGUUUGAUUAAGCAGUUAUCUUCAGCUGAACUCUGAACUCUGUAACUAAGAACUGGCAUUGAAUCUUCGACUGCUGUCCUAAGGCAAAUUUAAUUCUGUGUAUGUCUUGAGAAAAUAAGAAUUCACAAUAUUAAAUUAGAAUUUUGGUCAGAAAGGAAAUUAGUUAUUAGUCCAGUUGGAAAAAGAUUCUUAUUCUGAUGGGGGGGGGGGGGGGGAACUCCAGGUGUACUAAUUUGUACUGGUGACAUGGAGCACUAAUCUGGGGUGCAGUAGAGGAAAUCUGCAUUCCCAAAAUGAAGUUUUACCAGAAAUCUUGGAACCAUUUGAUUAUGUACACAGUAAAUUAAAAAUCCUGUCACUUCUGUUAUUUACUAGUACUACUCAUUGUAACAGUCCCAAGAGGGUAGUGCUUCAAACCAAAGGGUAAGCCAUAAAUUUCCAAUUGCUUGCAAAGUAUACUAGAGUUUGGAAGACCUCUUACCGCCUGGGGAAAUAAAUCAGGAUGCUAGAGUAGAAAGAAAAGAACAUUGGUGAAAUGGGACCAAGCAUAAAAUAAUUAUUUUUGAAGAGGACCCAAAGUUUAAUUUUAGAACUCAUUAUCAAUGAGUUUUUUAAAAGCAAGGGUUUGGGGAAAAAAAAGAGAAUAAUCAAAAUCUAAAUUUGACAUUCCAGUUGUUGCCUAGUUUAUGAGAUACGUUUAGCAAACUGAAGUGAAUUUUAACACACAAACUUGUCUGUGCACAAAACAGUUUUAACUGUUGUGUUACAGAGAUAGGCGUACACCUGGCUACCCCUGCACACAUCUGUCCCUGCUCUUUGAAAUCCUGGUGGUAGUUGGAUCUACCCAACAGCACAGAGUGCAGCUUGGAGGAGCUGGGAGUCUCCUGCAUUAUGCAGACCCGGUCUCACAGCAGGUCACCCCCAACCAUACUUUAACCCAGUGCAUGACUGAGUGCUAAAUACUGUAUAAAUAUUUUGAAACAUAUCUAAAAAAAAUAAUUAAAAUGUUUGCUUCAAACUUUUUAUGAUAGAGAACUCUAUGAUUAUUAUGGUUGUCUUACAGAUUGUAUUGUGUUCUUCCUUUUUGUUAAAUAUGUAGAAAAAAAACCAACAACCAUUAAGGGAAUGGGGUGGGGGAGGGACUCGAAUGUCUGUGUGUACCGAAAUGUAUAUAGCUAUUUGGGAAUACACACGUGCCAAGUAUGACAUGAUGUACAAACUGUAAAUAGAUGAAAACCUCAUUUUUCUAAUAAAGAUAAUUUCUGCCAGUUGAUAUGAAAAUGAACAAUGGCAUUAUUCUUGUCUGCUUUCCUUGUUAAAUGGACCAGUUGAAGCAUCAUCGAUGAAUAAGGCUUGUCCUUGGUUUUCCUUCAGGAGCUUCUGUCUUUUGAAAGGUGUUAACAGCUACAAGCUUAGAGCCAUCCUUUGCUGUUGGAAAUUAUCUAAAGGUGAAGAUGCCUGGAGUUAAACCUGACAUUAUAUAUGCUUGAUGUUUCUAGUUUAGUUUAAUUUAUCAAAAUGAUGGAGACAACUAAUGUAUGAAAAAGUCAGUGUGAGAAGUCUAUAUUGUAUGAUGGUCCCCCAGCAAAAGGAGCAGUAGAAGCUGAGUUAAAGAUGUCCUUUUAGCCUGUGGCACUGUUCCUUUGUAUUCUGAAACACAUCAGAUGCUCAAGGUGUGAUGGGGCUGCAUGAGGAGUUUCAACCCUGAGAAAAACUGGGAUUGUGAAGUGGUCUUGGUGUGGCAGAACCCUUGGAGGUUAACCAGGUGAGGAUGAGGGAGGGCAAACUAAGGGGUGAGAAAAUGUUAGUGAUGUCUCACAUCUGGGAUUUUGAUGCCAGCAAGAUUGUUUCAUGUUUUGAUUAACUAAGACAAAUCAAAAUAGUGAUUUUAGUGUAGCAGAUAAAAUCUUCUAAGAUCUGACCAUUUACAUAUCCAGGGGAACGAAAGCAGCAAGAUUCACAUGGUACUCCUACCAGGUUCUGUAGGAUCCCAUUUUCCAGGACACCUCUGGGAUAUAUCAGCCAAUGAAAGUCUUCACAAAAUGAGCAUAAACAAACUCUUGGUAAUUAGAAUAAUGUUCUUCAAAGCAGGGAGAUGGAAGUCAUGGUGCAAAUCCAAGUCAUCAUUUUGGUAAAUGUACUUCAUCAUCAUUAUAAAAAUAACAAGAAAAGAGGUGAAAGUUUGCUUACAGAUGGCUCAGAGCAGACUCGCCUAUUGAUUCCCAAGACAAAGAUGAGUGCACAGGUACAACGCAAGAGACAUCAAACUGCUAAUCUGUUUUUAAUGAGGUGUUUCAUGAGCAAAGGCUAUUGGCACUCUGUCCUCUGCUAGAAAGCUCUUUCAAAGGGACCCCACUCUAUCUAGACACCCCCAUUUCAUUGAAUAAACCCCAGGUUAUUGGA